GUCAACUACUUUAUAAUUAAUGGAAUUAAGAUCCGAACUGUUUUGGUAGUGACUGCUGUUCUGCUUUUCGGGUUUAGUGUGGGCAUCUUUAGCAGGCCUGCUCUACCUAAAUAUUUAUUAAACUUCCUUCUUUCAAGUAUGGGAUUACAUUAUGAAAACAGCGAUUCAGGAAAUAGCAACAAAGUUAAGCUUGGACUAUUUUCAGACAAGAUCUCAAGUAUAGGCAGUAAAAUAUUGUACAAUGAAGGGCAUGGUUGUCCUGACAAUUUUGAAAAAUACACCACACAAGAUGUUAACAAUAAAGAAUGGCGGACUAAAAACAACAACUGUGGUCAGACGUCACCAAAUUCAGAUACCUAUUAUGAUACGUCUAUAAGUGUAAGGUACAAGCAGAGAUUUACAGCAAGUAAAGGUUAGAAAAGAUAUUUCUUAGGUCCUUAUUAUUAUUAAAUUAUUAUAUUAUUAUUAUUUCAAUUACCGAGGACGUCACAGUCACAUUGUCAUCAUAACAAAGAAUUUUUCUGAAAUACCAAGGACGUCACGUCGACGUCAUAUUUCAAUGCUAUGUAUUUCUUUUUUGGCAGUGUCUAUAUGUCCGGCGCGCCGGAUGUAUAUCUCCCGCACUAUUUGUCCGGCGACCAAGUCACACGACCGCCGUAACAAAGUGGGGAGAGAUAUUUUGUCCAUCAGCCUUGUCACAUGACCGCGAAUGAGUCAAAACUAUUGUUAAUUUUAAAAUCUAUUUCUCUACCAAGUAAUGUACAUCUUGCAUGCAAAUGAUAGAAAAAAACUGAAGUGAAGUGGCUUGUAAACAUUUUUGUUUAGUUUGUUAUUUGAGUUUGUGUACUAGCAACCCAUAAUAUAAUUAGGGGCCAGUAUUCAGUAGGCAACCAAUAAAAGUAAAAGAUUUUAAAUUGUUUAAUUUAAACAAUUUAAAAUUUUUACUUUACAAUUUAAACUUUAAAUUGCUAAAAAUAUUUUAAAACUUUUCAUAAAACUACUGUUGCUGAUGAACAUGAUAAUAUAAAUAUAAUAUAAAAUAUUUAUAAUUAUAAUGGGGGAAAAAAUGGUUCCUAUGCGGGGAAUUGAUCCAUUAAUAUAAAAUCGUCAAGCGGUUACACUACCACAUGACCACACAAGAUCAUCUUAGUAGCUAUUUCCUUCGGAAUAAUAGCGCCUACUAGUCGUCUGGCGGUCACGUGACAUGCUUGCCGGACGUAUAUCUCCCACACUAUUUGUCCGGCGAGCCGGACAUGUAGACACUUCGUUCUUUUUUCUGUAGAGAAGUUAAUAAGCGAAUUGGAUAGAGAAUGAAAAAUAUAGAAAGUUUUUGUUUUUUUAAAUUAUAAAAAAAAAAAAAAAAAAAAAAAUGUUUUAUUGGAGAGACAAAAAAAAAAAAAAAAAAAAAAAAAAAAAAAAAAAAAAAAAAAAAAAAAAAAAAAAAAAAAAAAAAAAAAAAAAAAAAUAAAAAGUUUUUUUUUUUUUAAAAUAAAAAAAAAAAAAAAAAAAAAAAGAUGUUUUAUUGCUGAGUCAGCAAAAAUCGAUGACCAAAACCAGCGGUAAUGAAAGGGUUAAAUAAAUUGAUAAAUGCAAAGAAGACAUGUCAUGACAUAUCUCUUGGUUGCCGUGACCCUUGAAUUUCUACAGGUUCAUAGGUCGUGGAAACCAAAUGGUGACAAUGUAAAAAUAAAAUAACUUGCAUCUGCUAAAAUUAGGAAUAAAACGUUAAAAUUUAAUGAACAAAUUCCGUGAGUACAUAAAUUUUGUGGUGCUAGUAGUUACUUUAUUGUAUCCAUCUAGAUAUUUUUCUAUAAACUUAACGUAAACCCUAAACAUAUCUCUGAACCCUUAAUCUAUCCCUAAACCUAACAUGAACCCUAAAUCCAUCCCUAACCUGAACCCUCUAAGUGUAUCCCUAAACCUAGGCUUACCUAACCCUAAAACUAGCCUUAAAUAAAAAAAUAUGUGUGCGGCUGCUGUUACACACUGUGGCAAGAAAACUAAAAAAAGAAGAAAAACAAUAAAAAUUAUUGUACAAUACAUAAAUAAUGAAAACCCAACUUACAGAUUCAUAAGAACACAUUUUUACACACUUUAUUUCAGGUUCCACAGAAAAGAAUAUCCAGAAAAUGAAUAAAAUACAAUGCUGUCAUUGCAAUUUCAAAUAUGGCGGAAAAAUUAAAAUAUUAUAAUUACCCAACCAAUGAAAUUUUAAAAUAAUAUUUAAUCAACCAACAAAAUUUUAAUACAAAACAUGCCAUCGUCAUAUUAAGGAACAUUUAACUCUAGUAACAAAAAACAAGGGGAGUGAAUCCAAAACAGAACCUUAACAAAAACACGUAAAUGAAGUCAUGGCAGGUCUCCUUUGCAUUGACCAAAAAAUUAUUAGGCCCCUAGAAUUUAGUCAGAGUCCUACCUAGCCUAGUUACGCCAACUGUUUUGGCUUUGGGUCAAAUAUCUGAUCUUAUUUAACCCAUGAGCUGCCAUAACUGCAGAUCAUUAGGGUUUAUGGCUGCAUUUUUGGCCAAAGUAAUCGGCAGCUACUGCAAUUAAAAUUAUAAAAAUAAAUGUGAACCACAUAAUACGUUAUAUAAAAGUAGAAACUCUCUUAAUUUCAUUUUACUUCCUUUAUAUUGAAGGUCUAUGUCUUUAUUUAUGAUUUGAAAUUUGAAUCUGAAAUUUUUUGAAUUUCUUGUUAACAUAAUCCUGUUGCACUCAGAUGCUAAUUCUGGCCCUUUAAAAAUAAAGCCUAAUUUAUUGAAUUAUUUCUAAAUUUAAGAGAUUUUUUUUUUUCAAUUUUUAUUUCAUUAUUUUUUUCUUCUUUAAACAUGCAUAACUUUAUAUUUUCUAAACUAAAAAAGUAAUUCUUCUAGAGGAAAUAUUGAGAUGAUAAAUGGGACCCAAAAAUUCAGUUUUGAAGGAGGAAACAAAGUAGCACAGUUGUGCUCACUGUUUCAAGGUCAUGGUCACCUUACAUAGCUACAUAAUCCCAUAAUCAUACCACAUGAUUCCUAGUCCAAUUUAAUCUCAGAAUAUGUAUAAUUAUAAGGAACCUUGGAUUUAUCUUCUAUUGUGUUAUUGUUUUAGGGAUGCAUAUAGUGUUUGAUUCUACAAAAAAAUUAUCUUGACAUUUUGUAAGUCCAGCUAAUUUUCUUAUCGAUUGAAACAGCUGCAAAUUUUAGCAUAGGAUCAUGCUUUAGAUUUUUAAAAGUGGUCACUUUCUUUAAAAUUACCAUUAAAAAGCACCUAUUUUCAUAUCUAAGGUUAUAAUAGUCAACUAUUAAAUAGAUACAUUCGUGGCCAUAAAACCAUAUGCUAAUUCUACCAUAUCUAUUUUCAUGCAGAAUAAUAAUGAUAAAAAGUAUAUCUAUAAUUUUUUGGCGGGGGGAAGGGGUGGGGUGGCUUUUAUUUAUUUUGUUUCACAUUUCUCAGACAAAAGAAAAUUAAAAUAUUUUAUAAUCAUUAUAUAUAUGUCUCUACACAAGAGAUUAUUUGAUUCAUUUCAAUAUAUUAUAUUAUUUCAGAUGUUAAGAGAGAAGCAGUAGCUGCAAUGAAUAUAGCUCUUGAUCUUCAAAAUAGAGGAAAGACAGAUAAAGCAAUGAAAGUAUUCCAACAUGCCCUUGCACUUGACCCUUCUCACGCUGAUAUACUUACAGCUUUUGGAGAGUUCUUAGAAUGGCAUGUGCAUGAUAUAGUAAAGGCAGAUCAUAUGUACCAUAUAGCACUGGAGAAUAGCCCAGAACAUAGCAGAGCUUUACAAAACCGUAAACGAACAGGUAGGAAAUAAUUCCGUAAAUCUCAGAUCCAUUUUAAAAACAAAAGAAAGUUUUUAUUAAGAAAUGGAAAGUUCUCAACCCUUACUAACCUUCUUUUGACUUCAAUUAAAAUUUCUAAUAUAUGUAAGCUAAGGGACCUAACUGUUUAGAAAUGUACUAGUUAUUUUGAAGAAAACAAGAACAAAUUCAAAUGUGUUUUACCAUAGUCAUUGCACCGGCCAAUAGUAUCAUCUACCUUUGUAGCAAUAUAAAUUUUUAAAGUCUGUUUCAGCUAUAUCUUACAGAAUACCUGCAUUAAUAUGACUUUCCACUAAAAAUUUCCACUGCAUGAUUCUGUUACAUUGGUUCAUCAUUUGCACUGGCUUGUCUAGUAAACUCAGCAUGAGUUCGGAAAGCCAUGAUGAACUUUGAGCUCACAUAACUUUUUAAUGAUAGAAAAUAAAGGCAUACAGUUUCCUACAAAAAUUAGAGUGUCAUUCUCGUGGAAGCAACAGUAAAUUUUAGCAGUUGAGCGUAUGGCAGUUUAGAUGAUAGGCGCCCUGCAUGAGCAUCAUGGCAUCGUCUGUUUAUAGUUGCACGAAAGUGAGCUUUUAUGGCAGAAGUGAAUUACUUUAAAAAUAAAGACCUUAUUUCAUUUAGCUGACUCGUCUGUAUCACUGUAAUUGUGAAAGAUGAUAAAUCAGCACACAAUAAAAAUAGAGUUAAGAUAUUUUACAUUGUUAAAGUUUUUAAUUUGCCACCAAAUUGGAUAAGUGCUUCCACAAAACUUUUGUUGAUAAAAUACUUAACCAAACCACAUUUAACAUUUAAUCAAUUUAUGUUCUCCUUCCAAUAAUUAAUUGUCCAUUAUUUUUUAGAUUAGUUGUUUUUUUUUUGUGUGUGUUUUGUCAACGUUAAUUAUUCCUUAUUCUUGUACCAAAAUGUUAGAUGAAAGCAUUUUAGUUGCUGGAGUUCAAUCCCCAUCAAAGCCAACAUACCUAGCACCCCAGUUGGAUGGGACUCGCUAGUUUUGGAUGGUAACCCAUCUAAGAGAAGGCAAACUCUGAAUUCAAACCAGAAGCUAGAAUGAUCAAUAAAUAGAUCAAGGGCCCUCAAAAUAUAGUCCAAAAAAAAAAAGGCGACAAGAAUCAGAAUUAAUGUUAACAUUAGUAAAUGUUCCUCGCUGUUGGUUGAAAACUUAAAGAAAAAUAAUUAAUAUCUAUUUUUCUACAGCUCCAAUUGUCGAGGAGAUAGAUCAAGCACGUUUUAACAGAGUUGAUCAAAAGCGUACGCAGCUAUACACAAUUCCCCACAAUCACCCAGGUCUACGUCGAGCAAAAAGGGAAGCAUACUUUGCACACAUUUAUCACACUAAUGCUAUUGAAGGAAACACGUUGACCCUUGCACAGACCAGAUCAAUCGUUGAAACCAGAUUAGCCGUUGGAGGUAAAAGUCUGAGGGAGCAGAAUGAGGUUCUUGGACUUGAUUCUGCAUUAAGUUAUAUAAACAGGUAAUAAGUAUUCAAUUGAUUUCUGAUACAUUUAUAUAUUUUUUUAAAAUCAAUUUUCGGUUUAUAUUUAAAAAAAAAAAAUGUCAAUAAAUUAUUUUUUUGUCCAGCACUCUUGUUGGACGUGUUGGACGUCUCACUCUUCAAGAUAUUUUAGACGUCCAUACCAGAGUACUGGGUCAUGUGGAUCCACUUGAGGCAGGGAUAUUCCGUACAACACAGGUUGGUAGCAGGGCUUUUAUGGAUUACUUUAGAAUACUUCAAAGAGAAAAGAAUUUUAUAACAUAAAAAAAAUUACCAAUCCCAUAUUUUUACUUUCAAAACAAAAUAACUGACUAUAACUAUAAAUAUUUUUUCUUUUAUUUUAUUCAUAACCGUGCUAAAAAUACCUAUGCAUUUUCUUGUUUGUACUCUCUGUGGACAAAAUCCUUUUGUAACGAAAUAGAAUGAAUUUAUUGAGUACAUUUAUCUUUUUUUGGCACAUUUUCAUCUUUAUCAUCUUACUUUUUAAGGUUUAUGUAGGGGACUUCACUCCUCCACCUGCCUGUGAUCUGCGUGAACACAUGAACCAACUCAUUGAAUGGCUCAAUUCAGAAGAAGGACUCGCACUUCAUCCUAUUGAAUUUGCCGCACUGGCACACUACAGGCUUGUAGCCAUCCAUCCAUUUUACGAUGGCAAUGGACGCACCUCUCGUCUCUUGAUGAAUCUCAUUCUCAUGCAAGCAGGAUUCCCACCCGUUUCAAUUGAAGUCAGUGACAGGUUAACCUAUUAUGAAACACUACAGCAGGCAAAUGACGGAGACAUUAGACCAUUUAUACGUUUCAUUUCAAAAUGCGCAGAAAGAACACUCGAUGAAUAUUUAUCUGUCACAUCGGAGGAAUCGGACGUCAUUCUACCAUCGACCAUUCACAGAAACAAGUUUAAACCCAGCGAAAGAAUCAUAGUUUCAGACUCUGAUUUUGAUGACGAAAGUGAUCUAGAGGAUAGUGACAAUAAUAACAUUUAUGACUCCAUCGACAAGAAAAGGGAUUAUCUUCAUAACAAAUCUUGAUGAUGGCUUGUGACCAUCUUAGAUGUUGCUGCUGUUCAUAUGUACGUGCUGGCAUGUUGAAUUCUGUAAAAUUUCACCCACCUCCCCUCUUUUUUUGUGUGUUAAGGUUGGUCGUUGACUAUCUUUAUAAAAAUUGGCUGUGUUUUAUUUCAAUGUCAGCAUUUAGAAUUAUGUUUCUCCUAAUUAUGUAUAUAACCACAUUAGCAAAGAAAAUUGUGAAGGUUGUCAGUAAGCUGGUAUUACUUUAAAAUUGUGCAGGUUGAACCAGCAAUGUAGGAUUUAAAUCUGUGUAUUUAUUGUUUUUAAACACCCUCAGAUUACAAAUAAAGGAAAAUUAUACUUGUAGAAAUAGACCGCCGAUCGAUUCUAAGAAACAUUAUACUUGUAGACAUUGAAAGCGAAUUGGUUCUAAGAAACAUUAUACUUGUAGAAAUUGACAGCUGAUUGGUUCUUAAUGUUAAAAUAAAAUGCCCGUUCAUGAUGUUUCUUACAAAAGAAGGUAGCAGCUCUCUUUUGUUUAUUAAGCCGAUGUUGUUCAUAAAAUGUCAUUUAAAACCCUUUGAAUUCUCACAAAACUGUACAACUAUACUGUACAACCAUACAGUACAACUAUACAGUACAUAAACAGUUGAGCCCGAAGUCUAUUUUAUGUUUAAUUUAUAUUAAAUUAAAGACUAAGAUUCUUGGCUCAACAUAGUUAGCAGUAAGAUUCUUGGCUCAACAUAGUUAGCAGUCAGAUUCUUGGCUCAACAUAGUUAGCAGUCAGAUUCUUGGCUCAACAUAGUUAUCAGCUCCACCCUUCUUUGGUUUUAUUUGUGAUUAAUUACUUUAUUUAAAAGACUAAAUGGAAUAGGACACAAUCUCAGGCAUACAAAUGUGGGAAAAGAUUAUUUUACUGAUGGGGGUUAAUUUAAGGCCUAAAAUGAAAAUAAAAUGUUAAUAAUGUUAAUGGAGUGUGAUUUUUGUUUGAGACAUGGACUCCAUCAGCCUUGAUUAGAUCUCUGCUAAGAGCACUAUCAUGUUUAACUGGACUAAAAGUCAAUGUCAUAGAUCAUUUAAACACAUCAAUCUCAUUUGUACUUACUUUUAAGAUUAAAAAUUGCCUGGUGACAUGCUGUUGUACUGGUGACAAGCUGUUUUACUGAUGACAUGCUGUUGUACUGGUGACAUGCUGUUGUACUGGUGACAAGCUGUUUUACUGAUGACAUGCUGUUGUACUGGUGACAUGCUGUUGUACUGGGGACAUGCUGUUGUACUGGUCACAAGCUGUUGUACUGGUGACAUGCUGUUUUAAUUGUAUACUUGUUAUUUAUUUCUUAUUUUAUUUUAACUUAAAUAUUUCAUCAAUGUCUGAUAAUUGUUUUUCCUCUUCAACCUCGCCUGAUAUACCAACAGUCACAAAAAUUACUUUGUUCUCUUCAACCUCGCCUGAUAUACCAACAGUCACAAAAAUUACUUUGUUCUCUUCAACCUCGUCUGAUAUAUCAACAGUCACAAAAAUUACUUUGCUCUCUUCAACCUCGUCUGAUAUAUAAACAGUCACAAAAAUUACUAUGUUCUCUUCAACCUCGUCUGAUAUAUCAACAGUCACAAAAAUUACUUUGUUCUCUUCAACCUCGUCUGAUACACCGGCAGUCAUGAUGUGCCAUUGCUAUAAAGUAUUAUAUUUAUUGUGUGUACAUGGGAUAAGGACUGCUGACACUUGCCUGCUGUACGUUGAAACCACAAGGACACCAGUGACAUGAACAUGUUUCAAUGAAGCACAAACAAUUUGUGUACAUAAAACAGUAGAGGUCAAGCUUGACAAAGUCAAACAUUUCGGCAAAUGCUUUCAUCAGUACAACAAAAAACAUUCUUAUAAAUAUGUCCCAAUGUUAAUUUAAUGGAAAGAUGUUUUAAUAUGCUGGAAACAUUGAGCUGGCAUAUUUGAUAAUGGUGUCCUUGUAUUAAUGGACCUUGAGCCGGCUAAUUUGAUAAUGGUGUCCUUGUAUUAAUGAACAUUGAGCUGGCAAAUUUGAUAAUGGUGUCCUUGUAUUAAUGAACCUUGAGCCGGCUAAUUUGAUUAUGGUGUCCUUGUAUUAAUGAACCUUGAGCCGGCUAAUUUGAUAAUGGUAUCCUUGUAUUAAUGAAUAUUGAGCUGGCAAAUUGAUAAUGGUGUCCUUGUAUUAAUGAAUAUUGAGCUGUAAAAUUGAUAAUGGUGUCCUUGUAUUAAUGAAUAUUGAGCUGGCAAAUUGAUAAUAGUGUCCUUGUAUUAAUGAAUAUUGAGCUGCCAAAUUGAUAAUGGUGUCCUUGUAUUAAUGAAAGAAAUGUUCAGAUACUGUUGAUAAUAAAUGGCUAAUUUCUAUACUUGUCAAUUAUAUUGCAAUAUGAGAGUGCCUUAAUACAGUGCUUCUCAAACUGUUCCAUUGCACAGCAGACACGCAUUAACCCAUGGGCUGGUCUCAAAUUCAAUCAUUGUUUUUUUUUAAAUCUUUGUUUGCUUUUCACCUGUUUAGAGGACCAGGGACUCGCAGACCAUCGCAUUCACAACUUUAAGCAGCACCACCUUAAUAUACACAGACAGCAAUAGUUAUUAAAUUAAAACUUGCACUUUAAUUCUUAAAGAAGGAAAAUAUAUUAAUAGCAAAUUAAGUAUUGGUCAUGAUGGUCUCUUACUGGUUAUGACGGUCUCUUACUGGUCAUGAUAGUUUCUAACUGGUCAUGAUGGUCUCUUAUUUUAUUAGAAAGACCUAUGUUAUUUAAAAGAUUUCAAUUUGACUCUGAUAAUUUGUUUAAACUUAAAGAAAUUAGCAAAAUAUUUACUUUUCCUACUAUAUUUUUUUUCUUAUGUGCAUUCUAAACAAAUGUCUCCCACUUUCUCCUAAUCCUACCACCUAUAGAAUAUCUAAACAAAUGUCUCCCACUUUCUCCUAAUCCUAUCACCUAUUGAAUAUCUAAACAAAUUAUCUCCCACUUUCUCCUAAUCCUACCACCUAUGGAAUAUCUAAAUAAAUGAUCUCACACUUUCUCCUAAUCCUACCACCUAUGGAAUAUCUAAAUAAAUGAUCUCACACUUUCUC